GAUUGAAGGGUACAAGCGCUGGCGGGGCUCUUUUCAACACAAACAAGGAAGAGAUAUCACGUGCACUGGUUACAGUGGAAAUCAUUCGAUAAUUUCAUCGUUGGCUCUUGGCUGAGGUGUCCAGGAAGACGACAUUCUCCGGCGUUCCAGCAGUGCCACAUGGUUCUGCUUCGGCACAUAUCCAUCGCCCUAACCGCCGCGGUGGCUGCCUUCGGGUCCGCGCUGUUUAUUGCCUUGAAUUAUUUCUACAGAAGGCGAAUAUGGUCUCCGGAAGCGGAAUAUUACAUGAUAAAAGAGGAGCAGGAGGAGCGUGGAAAGCGCCAGGUGCUAGUCCUUGGCCUAGACGGCGCUGGGAAGAGCAGUAUGCUGCAGGGGCUGACAGCUGGAGACGGGGGCAAGAGAGGGCACUGCCGCCCCACCAGGGGCUUCAACUUUAUGAGCCUCAGUGCCCCUGCCUGUCAGCUGGAUUUCCUUGAGAUUGGAGGGGGUGAGGAUUUGCGUACGUACUGGACAGAGUACCUGAGGAAGACGCAUGUCCUGGUGUACGUGGUUGACUCCUCUGACAGAAAACGUCUCCCACAGGCCAAGGCUGAGCUGCAUCGCCUUCUCAGACUGGAUUCACAACUUCCUGUGGUGGUCCUGGGGAACAAACAGGACAAGCACAACGCCAUGAGUAUGUCGGAGCUCCAUGAGGCCCUGUCUCUGGGGGCGGUGGCUGACGAGAGGAGGCUGUUCCUCCUGGCUGCCCAGCUGGGCUCAGACGGCCUGAUUGGCUCCAGGAAUCUGAAGGCCUUCCAGGACCUGAUCCUACAGCUCGUCUGAUUCCCUAGGACAGGAUGAGUUGAACGGGGGGGAGAAGGGGGGGGACCAGUGGCAAGUAGCAAUGAUUGCGUGUGAAUACUUUUCAACUAGAGAAGAUCCUUCAGGGCACUCUGGGAGUCAGGGACCAAAAACAGUCUUCACUGAAUCAUUGAUCAUUACAAUAGUAACAGGGUUCAAUAUACACUAAGUAUACCAAACAUUAGGAACACCUUCCUAAUAUUGGAGUUGCCCCCCCCCAGA